AUGUCUAGUCAAGAUUCAGAAGAUCGAAAAGAAUUUAUAUUUAAACAAGGUGAAGGACGUCGAUAUCAUUCUGUUCUAAUCGAUUCAUCAGUUGAAGAACAAAGAAAUUUAGGUCAUUAUACUUCUAAUCCAUCUGCUAAAAAUGAAGAGAAUUCUGAUUGCAGUCCAAUUAGAAAUACUCCAAGAAUACAAGAAAGUAUAAAUCAAACUAGUACAGAAACAGAGAGACUAUUAGAUGGAUCGAAUUCGAAAAUUAGUACUAAGAUUGAAAUUGAAAAUAAGUUGAGUAAUGAAUUUGCUUAUUCCACAGAAACAGAAAUUGAAAAGCAAAGUGUGCCAGAACAAGCUGUUCCGAUAACAGAGGAGAUUCCUUAUACAAAGUUUACAAAAGCUCAACAGUUUGUUAUCUUUUGUAUAAUUGUUUAUAUUGGAUUUCUGGGACCAAUGUGCGGUAAUAUUUAUAUUCCUGCAUUACCUAUAUUGCAAGAAGAAUUCCAAGUAACAACAACCACAAUAAAUGGUACCGUUUCAAUAUUCAUGGGUUUAUUUGCAUUUAUGCCAUUAGUAUGGGGGAUGUUCGCAGAUUUUGGUGGUCGAAAAUUCUUAUAUAUCAUAUCACUUUUCAUCUUUACAGUAGCAAAUAUUUUACUUGCAAGUUUACCAGCAAAUAUUAUAGCCUUAUACCUGGUAAGAGUUCUACAAGUAGUUGGGGCAAGUGCUGCAAUCUCAUUGGGGACUGGUACAGUAGCUGAUAUUUCACCACCAAAACAUAGAGGCAAAUCAGUGGCUCUAUUCAUGCUUGGUCCCAACAUGGGUCCAAUUAUUGCACCUAUUAUUGCUGGAUUGAUCUUAAUGAACAGUAACCAAUGGAGGUGGCUAUUUGGAUUUUCUGCUAUUUGUACAGGUGUAGCUCUAAUGAUUGUGAUUGUGAUAUUGCCAGAAACGUUAAGAUGUAUUGUAGGAAAUAAUGAUCCAAAAUGGAGUCGUUCUCAGAGAGGAACAUCGCAAUAUAAUGAAUCCAAGGAGAAAUUUGAAGGUGAUAGAGAAGAAAUUAGAGAAAUUGAAUCGCUGAAUGAUCCUCGUUGGAAUUUAUGUUCUAAUUUAGGUAUUCAAAAGCCAGUAUCUGAUGAUGAGCAAUUUAAACAACUAUACCCCAAACCUCCUAAACCAACAUUGAAACAAUAUGGGAAACUUUUCAUAUAUCCACCAAUCACAUUAGUUAGUACGAGUAUAGCAUUUUUAUUUUCUAGUUAUUAUGGAUUCAGUGUUACGUUUGCUCAUUUUUUAAAAGAAGAUUAUAAUUAUGGUAUGUUGCAAAUUGGUGGAGCCUAUAGUUGUCCAGGUAUUUGUAUGAUUUUAGGAUCUCAAAGUGGUGGGUGGUUAUCUGAUAAUUUAAGGAAAAGAUGGUUAAAAAAAAAUGAAGGCCAGAAUUUCCCAAUUGAAAGACGAUUGGUCUUACAAUUUAUUGGUAUUGUAUUAUCAAUCAUUGGAAGUAUUGGAUAUGGAUGGUCAAUUAAGAAACAUUAUCAUAUAGCCAUUGUAUUAAUGUUUUCAGGAUUUCUAGCAUUUGGUUUAACGUGGUGUAAUAACACUACAAUGACCUAUUUAACUGAAUUAAUUCCAAGGAGAGUAUCCGGAGUUAUUGCAGUCUGUAGUUUCUUUAGAAAUGUGGGAGCCGCUGUUAGUGCAGCUAUUUCAAUGAAAUUAGUUGAUAAGAUCGGAGUUGAAUGGACAUUUACAUAUUUUGGAGUUUGCAAUCUAAUUCCAUUAUUCAUUUUAAUUGUUUUAAUAUAUAUGGGUAGGAAAUGGAAACCAAUCGAAAGUUAA